UGGAUUUGACCUAAUUUGCCGCUUGGUAAAAGAGGGAAAAACAAAAGUUCCAGAUUUUCAAGUUGAUUUGUGAUAUUAUUUGGAACCAUCGGUAACAUGGGUCGUAGGAGACGGUCAACUACAUCAGCUUCAUCUUCUCCACCGAAAAAAAGACGGACUCGAUCGUCAACCUCCCGUGCUCUACGAGACAAACUCCUAGGACCUGAUCAAAGUGGCAGGCGUCUUGCAGUGUCUGAUGAGGACUUUAACACUAGGAAUAAAGUACUGGCAGCUGAUUUCGUACUUGCAGAUAUCCAGUUAGAGCCUUCAGAAGUUGACUUUAACGUUGAUGCCAACAGGAAGGAGCACCACACGGAUGAGUAUGAAGAGGAGACUCUCAUUGUGAGACGUGGACAAGCCUUUGAUGUAAAUGUGACGUUCAAUAGAGCUUAUAAUGCUGACACUGAUUCAGUCACUAUACAGUUCACUACUGGAAAUAGACCACAGGAGAACAAAGGUACUGUGAUACGUCUGAGUUUGUUGGAGAAAGAUUCUGGUGACUUUGAGGAAUGGAGGGCUGUGCUGAACAAGACUCAGAAUGAUGACAAGGAAUUAAAUAUUUCCAUCAUUCCAUCUGCAGAGGCCAUUGUUGGCAGAUAUCACAUGUUCAUUGAAACAUCCAUGCUGAAUGAUGAUGGGGAGAAGUUGUUAUACAGACAUGAGUAUGAGGAUGAUACUGUGACUGUGGUGUUUAAUCCAUGGUGCAAAGAUGACCAGGUGUACCUGGGGAAUGAAGAUGAGAGGCAGGAGUAUGUUAUGAAUGAAACUGGAGCCAUUUGGUGCGGAUCACAGCACAAUUUUGGUGGUAGACCAUGGAACUUUGGUCAGUUUGAAGAUGUUUGCCUGGAGGCUGCCUUGUAUUUACUGGACAAAGCAGAGCUGGCAGAUGGUGCUCGGUCCAAUCCUGUCCUGAUAUGUAGAGUAAUAUCUGCUAUGGCUAACAGUAUGGAUGACAAUGGAGUAUUGUAUGGUAGGUGGACCGAAGAAUGGCCAAAGAACUGCACACUGCCUUGGAACUGGAAUGGAAGUGUAGGCAUCAUAGAACAAUACAUGAAGAACAAACGCAGUGUUAGAUAUGGUCAAUGCUGGGUCUUCUCAGGAUUAGUAACCACAUUGCUCAGAGCCCUUGGUAUUCCAACAAGAAGUGUGACCAACUUUGAGUCUGCCCAUGAUACAGAUGCUAGUAUGACUAUUGAUGUGCACUGGGGCAAGAAUGAUGAACCCAUUGAAGACCUGAAUGACUCAAUAUGGAAUUUCCAUGUGUGGAAUGAAUCCUGGUUUAGACGUCCUGAUCUACCUGAAGGGUACGAGGGUUGGCAAGCCCAUGAUGCAACACCACAAGAAGUUAGUGAAGGUGUUAUGCGAUGUGGACCAGCUCCACUUAAAGCCAUUAAAGAAGGCCAAGUUUACCUUCAGUAUGAUGCUCCAUUCAUAUUUGCUGAAGUGAAUGGCGAUAGAGUACAUUGGGAGGUGGAAGAAGAUGGUACUAUGAAGCCUGUAUAUAAGGAGAAAGAUUUUGUUGGUCGUUUCAUCAGUACUAAAGCUGUUCUGUCCAAAGAGAGACAAGAUGUCACUCAUCUUUAUAAAUACCCUGAAGGAUCUGAAGAAGAGCGUGCAUCUGUGCGCCGUGCCCAUCGCUACAGUUCACGCAGAAAACAUAAAGUUUAUGACAUUCCUGAGCCUGAUGUCAAGUUUACAUUGGAGGUUCCAAACAAUGCUGAGAUUGGAAAGAAUUUUGAUUUAAAAGUCAGGAUGCAGAACUUGGUGGACGAGGUCCGUAAUGUUAAGUUGAAGCUGUCAUCAAUGGUGUCUUUCUACACUGGCGUUCCAGCUGAGAGGAUCAAAACAAAAGAGUUCAAUGAGACUGUUGAGGGAGGAUCUGAGCGUGUAAUCAGUUUAGAGAUCGAGGCAAAGGACUACAUCAAUGUACUAAAACCAGAAGCGUCCAUACAGGUCUAUCUCAGGGCUAAUGUGAUUGAAAAUGGACGAACAUUUGCUAAACAAGACUGCUUCACCCUUAUAAAACCUACCCUCAUUAUACAGGCACCAGAGAAAGCUGUGUUGCGGGAGGACUUUGAUGUGACAGUGACGUUUACCAACCCCCUAGAUGUUCCUCUUACUGGUGGAGAGUUCGUGCUGGAGGGUGCAGGGAUCUUAAGGCCAACAACAGUUCACACAAAGAAGUCAAUUGCACCUGGAGAGGAAGUGAGCAUCACCAAGACGAUGAGUUCCCGCAAAUCUGGCUCUCGUACAAUCAUCGUCAGCUUCAGUUCAUAUGAGUUGAGUGAGGUUGAAGGCACAGCAGAUGUUUAUGUUAGAUACUCCGCAUAAUAUGACUUAUAGGAUGGAUAUUACAAUAAGAGUAGCUUUGAUCACGGAUCAGAUCAGUUUGGUCAGUAGGUUUCUGUUUGUGCCUCUCAGUUAUUUGGUUUGGAUCACUGUUCAUAAACUCAACUCAUACCAGUCUGGAGUAUGUUACUGGAUUUGAUCUUGUGAUCUACCUUUUUUCAAUAACAUGUGUUUUAGACUCCUCCUCAGACACAUCAUGCACCAGAAAGGGCAAAUUUGUGUAUACACUCUUCAAAAAGUGCAUAUACUCAAAUAUAACUUGGACAGUAAAAACAUAUUUCACAUACAUUUAAGUGAGGGAC